UACAUUCUCAAUUAUAUUGACCUUAUUCGCUUCGGUCGUCUCCGGAUGGCAGGUGCAGAGUCUCUCUCUCUCACAGCCUUUCUCGCGGUGUGUUCUGUGAGCAUACCCCUCGUUCUCCUUCGACGGCUGUAUGUAUGCCAUGUAUCCAGCAGCAUAGUAAUGCGUACGCAUCUGUCGACUGUUUUGCAGUAAUUGCUCAAUUGGAGGUUUAAUUCCAGGAUGAAAGGAGGUUUCUAUGGUCUGAGGGGUAAACAAAUCUCCCUCAUCCUCGUAGCUCUGGUUUGCGCAACCAUUCUCAUUGGGACAUGGGACAGAACCUACCUUCUCACUUCCUUUCUUCCACCUCAAGUUCGCUUCCUGCAACUGUCCCCAGAGAUUCUGAUUGGUGUUCCGUCUGUAAGUACAUUAGCUGCAAAACCAAAUAUAUCUACAGUUGCUGAAAAAGGAGUAAUAAAUGAGCUAGAGGAACAUCAAUCCCGUGAAGGAGCUCUGGAGGACUCUGCUGAAAUCUCCCCUGGAAUUGGAAAAACCGAAACAAAUGUAACAACAAAUCCUGUCAAGAAGGGAGACAUAUUGGGAAGAGAGAUUGCAAAUGAACAAAAGAGGAAACAUUCCAGUGCUGCAGCAAGAACAAGUCCAGAGAAAAACUCUCCUGUUGAGAGGACAGCCUGUAACUAUGCCAAAGGAAAAUGGGUUGUAGAUGAUAAUUGGCCUUUGUAUUCUGGGUUUGGUUGCAAGCAGUGGCUGUCAGGGAUGUGGGCUUGCCGUCUGACACAGAGGACAGAUUUUGCAUAUGAGAAGUUGCAAUGGCACCCUAAGAAUUGCACAAUGGAUAAAUUUACAAGGUCUAAAUUUCUAGCAAGGAUGCAGAACAAAACACUUGCUUUUGUUGGGGACUCAUUGGGUCGCCAGCAGUUUCAGUCUCUAAUGUGCAUGGUCACUGGAGGGAAAGAGAUGCCUGAUGUUCUUGACGUGGGAAAAGAGUAUGGUCUUGUUAAGGCUCGAGGUGCUGUACGCCCAGAUGGCUGGGCAUACCGGUUCCCAGACACCAACACGACGAUCCUUUAUUACUGGUCAGCAAGUCUCUGUGACUUGGAGCCAUUGGAUAUCACAAACCCAACAACUGAUUAUGCCAUGCACCUUGAUCGACCACCAGCAUUUUUGCAGCGUUUUCUUCACAAAUUUGAUGUCCUAGUCCUCAAUACUGGACACCAUUGGAACAGAGGGAAGUUCAAGGCAAACCGUUGGGUCAUGUAUACGGGUGGCGUGCCCAACACUAACAGGAAGACUGUAGAUAUUGGGGGUGCAAAGAAUUUUACAAUUUACAGCAUUGUCAAUUGGGUUAACUUGCAGCUUCCAAAGUAUCCAGGUUUAAAAGCGUUCUUCCGGUCUAUCUCACCAAGGCAUUUCUUUAAUGGGGAUUGGAACACUGGAGGUACUUGUGACAUUACCAGCCCUCUAUCUGGAGGCAAGGAAGUUUUACAAGAUGAGUCUGGUGAUCCUGUCGCUGCUGGAGCAGUAAAAGGAACACAGAUUAAAUUGUUGGACAUAACAACUCUAUCUCAGCUGAGAGAUGAGGGUCACAUAUCCCGGUACAGCAUCAAAGCUACACCAGGGAUGCAGGAUUGCCUGCAUUGGUGCUUACCUGGUGUUCCUGAUACGUGGAAUGAAAUUCUUUUUGCGCAACUCUAAUCCCAUUGUUAAACUUAGAACAUUACCGUACCCUUCUGAAUUUUCACGGUUCCAAUUAGAAGCACAAGGGGUGCCGUAAGGUUUUAAGCUUGCACAUUCUUUACACCCCACACUUUUUGUAGUUGUGUACGUUACUCAAGGAAGCAGACUAUGUUGAAGUUUUGAGAAAAGCACAAUGGGGGAAAAGAGCUUCAAACAGUAUUAGCUAUAUAUAUAUAUAUAUUAUAUAGAUCCUAUUGUGGCAGAAUAUAAAUGAACCCGGCUGUGUUAUAUUCUUUCAGAUUUAGGUACCUGUAAAGAUUUCAGCGUUCUAUAUUGAGCUUGUAUUUGCAGCACAAAAUGCUGUUACAGAUGGAUUCACAUUUCGAGUUGUAAGAAGAUUCUCUGAUCUGAAGUUGUGUUUCUUUAAAGGUUCCUCACACGCGCGCGCGUGCACAGUGAGAGAGAGAGAGAGAGAGAGAGAGAGAGAGUUUGAUUUGUGUUGCUAUUGACCUACUAUAUAUAGAUAAGCAGAAAAUAUUUGUUGUGCUAUCUUUA